AUGGCCGCGAUGUCCGUGAUCGGGAUUGACUUUGGCAACGACAGUUGCUACGUCGCAGUUGCCAGGGCUGGCGGCAUCGAGACCAUCGCCAACGACUACAGUCUCAGGAGCACACCAUCAUGCGUGGCCUUCAGCUCGAAGAAUCGCAUCCUCGGAGUUGCGGCGAAAAAUCAGAUGGUCACCAACAUGAAGAACACGAUAUACGGCUUCAAGCGGCUCCUCGGCAGAACGUACGAUGACCCUGCCGUUCAGAAAGAGCUCAAGACACUACCAUUCAAAACCAGUCGGCUGCCCAAUGGUGGUAUUGGCAUACAUGUUAACUACAUGAGCGAGGAUCAAGUUUUCACUCCAGAGCAGAUAACAGCAAUGCUGUUUACGAAGCUAAAGGACAUAGCGGUGACCGCACUUCAGACGGCGGUCAACGACUGCGUGAUUUCGGUGCCGUCAUACUACACUCAGGCAGAGAGACAGGCGUUGCUCGACUCGGCGCGUAUUGCCGGUCUCAAUGUGCUGCGGUUGUUCAACGAGACCACCUCGACUGCUCUGACCUACGGCAUUUACAAGCAGGACCUCCCGCCUUCAGAUGCAGCGCCGAGAAACGUGGUGUUUGUCGAUUGCGGCUACGCUAGCCUGCAAGUGUCCAUUUGCGCCUUCCACAAGGACAAGUUGAAGAUGUUGGCAAGUGCUGCAGACCCAACAAUAGGAGGUAGGGAGAUCGACGCGAUCCUUGCCGAUUACUUUUGCAAUGAUUUUGGAACGCGCUACAAAAUCAAUGUUAAAAACAAUCCCCGGGCUUAUCUUCGGCUGCUGAGCGAAGUUGAGAAACUCAAGAAGCAGAUGUCGGCCAACUCGACGAAGCUGCCCAUCAACAUUGAGUGCUUCGUUGAUGAGAAGGACGUGCACGGCUUCAUGCAGAGGUCCGAUAUGGAGGUCAUGUGUGCUCAUCUGUUCAAGCGCGUUGAGGCCACCCUGAGAAACUGUUUGUCUCAGUCCAGGCUCAAGCUGGAUGACAUACACUCUGUAGAGUUGGCCGGUGGUUCCAGCAGAGUGCCAGCAAUCAAGAAAGUGGUAGAGGAAGUUUUUCAAAAACCUUGCUCGACCACUUUGAACCAAGAUGAAGCAGUAGCUCGUGGUUGCGCUCUACAGUGCGCCAUACUCAGCCCGGCUGUGAGAGUUAGGGAUUUCGCUGUCACCGACAUCCAACCCUAUCCCAUCAAACUCACCUGGGAUGCUAGCCAAGGGGAGAUCGGAGAAAUGGAAGUUUUUGAGCAAAAUCACUCGAUACCAUUCUCCAAAAUGCUGACGUUCUAUCGCUCGAGUCCGUUCAAUUUGAUUGCUAGCUACAGCGUUCAGCCGCCUAAUUAUCCUACUAACCAUAUUGGCGUGUUUACGAUUAAGGAUGUCAAACCUAACAAAGAAGGAGAAUCUUCCAAAGUCAAAGUUAAAGUUAGAAUAAAUCUUAAUGGUAUUAUGACCAUAGCCUCGGCUUCUCUUGCUGAGAAGCGAGAGCCCUCGCAGCAAGAAAAGGAGGAAGAAGUGCAACAGCAGCAGCAGCAAGAAACUAUGAAUGUUGAUCAGCAGCAAGAUAAAAAGGACAAAACAGAUCAAGAUGCUGAAGCCAAGGAACCUCCAGCACCCGAGAAUGAUGAGAAGGGUGAUGACAACAAAAAAGUGAAAAUUCGCUUGGUUGAACUACCCAUUGAAGUGCGCUCAUAUGGCAUGUCACAGAAAGAUCUGGACAACGCGUUAGAACGAGAAUUUAAAAUGAUCUCGGAAGACAGACAGGAAAAAGAGCGUAUCGACGCUCGAAACGCCCUGGAAGAGUAUGUGUACGAUAUGCGAUCUAAGCUCCAAGACGCGGAUCAGUUAGGAACUUUUGUCGAAGAGUCGGUGUGCAAAACUAUGUGUGAUGAGCUCGACGAUACCGAAAAUUGGCUGUACGAGGAGGGUGAAGAGUGCCAACGUCAAGUCUACUCAGAUAGACUAGCACAUCUAAGAACUAAAGGCGAGCCAAUCAAAGAUUUGAAGGUAGAAUUCGACGGUCGUGGUCCAGCGAUAGACGAGCUCGCUGCCGCGCUUCAAAUUGCCAAGAAGAGCGUCGAUCAAAUACGUUCGUGCAAGGACGACAGGUUCGACCAUAUCACCGAUGAAGAGCUAAGUAAAGUUGAAAAAACGAUAAUGGAUACAUGGAAUUGGCUCGAGGAGAAGCGAAUUCAACUCAAUCAGACUCCCAAAACUCAGCAACCACCCGUCUACGUCAAUCAGAUUCGCUCUGAGAAACAGAAUUUGGAUAAAAUUGUAACUCCAGUCAUAAACAAACCCAAACCCAAAAUCGAGCCACCAAAAGAGGAAAAGAAGGACAAGUCCAGUGAAAAGAAACAGAGUAACCAGAACCAGAAUAACGGCCAAACAGAAGAAAAUAAUAUGGACGUGGACCCAGCGUCGGUAAACGCGGAAUAAUAAGCAACAAUCUCCUUUUAACGCCUUCAGCUCUAAUUCUUUGAUUAACACGAAUAGAUGUAACAAUCUGUGGAAGAAAAUCAUUAAAUGAACGACUCGGAAAAAGAUGCGAACCCUUCAUGGUACUGUCACUAUACUUACGGUGUCAAUACUUUCAGUAAGACCCGAAAGCUCAUUUGCCGUCACUUGUGUGAAUGUGUGUCACAAAAGCGCCUACAUUUGUAUGUUAUCUUUCUGAGGGAGAGAACGUUAGACUAUUUUUAAUCGACUAAUUUUUUCUGUAUUCACCUGAACAACCACUUUUAUUGAAAUUAAAUUUCUUAAGAGCUUAAAAGUGUCCAUCACAUUGUAGUUUCUUAACGUCUUUCUACACGCUUAUUGUUUGUGUUUUCAUAACUGAAGGACUUUGAAAAAAAUCAUAGAAAACAAGUGCGCAGACACCUGAAGGCUGUCCAGGAUGAAUAUUUAUUAUUUUAUUUAUUUUUUUUUUUUUACAUAUAUAUAAUUUAAAAUCAAUAAUUACUACUGAAAAAUAUUUCGUACUCUUUCUGAUGAUAGUUCGUGAUGAAUGGUUAUUAUUAUUAGCAUAAGUGUCAAUUUCGUCAGCAAAAUAUUGAACUGGUCCACAGGACUGAAUGAAAGUUCAGUAAAAACUACGUACUAAAGAGUGUCUGUGCAGCUAUAUUAAGGCGGUCAUUGUGUCGAUGCUUUUGAAAGGAAAAAGCUUUUAAGUGUGAGUACUUCGCGAGUAACCUCUCGAAGUGAUGCACCAAAAAUAAUAAAAAAGAAAGUGGUAAGUGAACGUGAAAAAGAAUUUAACAAUCCCAGGGGAAAAAAAUUUGU